GUGCUUGAAAUCGAUGCCGUACGGAUCGGCAUUUAAAACAAACAAAACAAUAAAAAUAAGAGAUCGGGAGAAAAUAAAUUUAAAUUUUAAUUGGAGAAGUUUAUCAGUUAUCCCCGAACACACAAUAAAAAUAAAAAAGACGUAAUAAUAAUAAUAAGAAAUAAAAAUUCAAAAGAAGAAUUCAGAUUUAAAUUCACUGUGUCUGGUGGCUUAGUUAACAAGACAAGUCAACAAAAGCUUUACUUCCAUUCAUUAAAAAAAUUUCAUCCUUUAUCUAUCGCAUGGUUUCACAACAAUGGAAGAGUUUGCGUUAUGUUGGAAUAAAUUGAAGUUUGCAGAAAACCUUUCGACAGGCUUCCAGACUUUAUUUGAUCGCGGUGACUUUGUUGAUUGCACAAUAGCAUGCGAUGGUCAGCUAUUACAAUGUCAUAAACUUGUGUUAGCGAUUUGUAGUCCGUACUUUAAAGAGAUUUUCAUCAACAACCCAUGUCGACAUCCAAUAAUUAUCCUCAAAGAUGUGUCGUACUCGAUUAUGUCGGAACUUUUACAAUUUAUGUAUCAAGGUGAAGUUAAUGUUAAACAAGCAGAGUUACAAUCAUUCAUGUCGAUUGCGGAAUCGUUACAAAUCAAAGGAUUGGCAACAAACACUAACAACAAUAAUAACAACAAUAACACGCACAACGUGAAAGCUUCUGAUCCGGUGAUUUCAACAUUCAGUCAAUUUCACGCGAAUAAUUCUAUCACACGCAAUAAUAUUCAACACCAAUUCAAUUCCGGUGGAAAUCACGCGGAAAAUCAUCGACAAAUAACAUCAACGCCUCUCUCAACAACAUCAUCUGUUGAUAACCAUUCGGCAAAAGCAUUAAAAAUGAAUGAAACGCCAACAUCACCAUUUGGCCAAAAGCGAACUAUGGAUCAAAUUAAUACUGUUGAGCGUCAAAACCAAAUGAAAAUCAAACGAAAUCAAAUGAUGAAUGAUAUUAGCGGUGAUAGUGAUAUGAAUGAUUCCAUUGAUAAUAUGACCUCGGAUGAUAUGUUUUUGCCACAAGCGAUGCAGCCUCAAGUGACAAUCAAUGAAUCUCCACGCUUUGACACAAAUUCAGUGAAGCGUGAAGUCAAUGAUGUGACAGUAUCUCAACCACAAAGUCCCAACAACUCUUAUCGUGGGCUUCAAUAUCAAAAUUCCAACAUGAACUCAAUGCACAAUGCUACAUUUCCUUAUAACUUCUCAGACUUUUCAAACAACGACAUGACAAUGCAAAAUGAAUCGAAACCUUCGAUUCAUAUGGAUAUUCCUGCAGGUACCAGCACGAAUCUCUCGAACGUAACGAUGUUAUCAGCUACAAGUCUACUUCACAAUUCUAUGAUAUUUAAUCGCAAUAACACUGUUGCUACACAGCAGGGGAUGAAAACUUAUUGGCUAUGCCGUUCAUAUCGAUUGACAACUUGUCGUGCUCGAUGUAUUACAGCACAAGGGCGAAUCAUGAGUACUACAGGCACCCACAACCAUCCUCCACAUGUCAAAAAUUCAACUGGCGCUAAAAUAGAUCUGCCAAUCGAGCAAACAGUCGCCGGAAACAUUCAAACUUUCGCCCAACCACUGUCAAAUCAAAUCCCAAGCAUGCCAUCACCGACGAUGAUAAAUCAACAGCAAAUGAAUGCGAACAUGAAUUUUGGAGCCUCAAAUGUCGCACACAACAAUAACUUUUCGAUGACAAAUAUUUUGAAUUCGCAAUUGUCUGACAUAGAUCCAAAUGGAAUUUUAUCGCAACCUUCAUUGGCCUUAAAUCAAUUGGAUAGCAAUAUACAAAUCACGCCAAUCAUAAGCGCGUCAUUAGAUAAUUUGCAAAUCGCACAACAACAUCAAACAAGAAAUUUAUCCAAUAUGAAUAUUGAUACAAUAAUAACAAGCAGCAAUAAUUGAUUAUUCCCCUUCCCUUCAUUCUUCAUCCUUACCACAGCUGUUUACGCAAUUGAAUGAUAAUUCAUGAAAAUAAACUUUUUCUUUUCUUUUUCCUUUAUUUCAAUCAAGGAAAAACUUUCAAUUUCCAUUAAUCAUUUUUCACAGUACUUCCAGGCGAACGUUGGAUAAGCGGAAAGCUACAAUUCAUGUUGAGUCAAAGAGGCAAACCUUUGUUGGUUCAUGAUGGUUAUUCGUUUGGAAUUCAAUAUAUUCGAAAGGAUAAAAAAUAUUGGCAAUGCAAUCUAUCGCGAAAAUAUAAUUGCAAAGCACGAGUGACGACAACUGACGCGGGUGACAUUAUCGUAACGAACAAUGAGCAUUGUCAUACUGAAAUUCGACAGCAUUUAAGAAAAGACUAUAAAAUGAAUAAGCUUCAUAAUCAACUGAACAAUCAGUUGAACAGUCAUUACAUGAACUAUGGUGAGAGAAAAAUGAGCUUGUCCUAUCCACUAGGAUCUGUAUCGACAUCAACUUUGACAUCGAUUGCUCCACCCUCUAUCUCCACAACGACAACAUCGAUUAUGCCUCGACAAAUUCAUCUGAUUCAUGAAAGAGAAACAUUUCCUUACCCUCAAGCUUUAAAGAAGCUUCUCAGCAAUCUCUUUAAUUUCUUCAUGAAUUUAAUGAUCAAUCUGAAAUUCACAGAUUCAAGUUAUUGA